UCUGCGGUGGAGGAAACCUGACAAAUAUCCCUGCACAGAAGGGCAUGGGGGAUUAUUUUUGGCAGAUGCGGUGUGUUUCUAUUUUUGCGCUUUGCCUUUGACUCGGGAAGCAGUCAGUCUGAGAUGGAAAAAAGAGAAAAGAAACAGUGUGUGUGCCAUAAACCGGAGAUACAGCCAUCUCUGUAAAAGAGUCAGGACAUGGCAGUGCCUUUACCUCCAUGUGUCAUCGACUUUGGGACUGGCUACACGAAGAUCGGUUAUGCUGGAAACACUGAGCCGCAGUUUAUCAUGCCGUCCUGCAUUGCGAUCAGAGAGACAGCUGGAGUUGGAGACCAGGCUCAGAGACGCCUCGUGAAGGGAGUGGAUGAUCUGGAUUUCUUCAUCGGUGAUGAAGCACUCGACAAGCCCAACUAUGCAACCAAGUGGCCCAUCAGGCAUGGCAUCGUCGAGGACUGGGAUCUGAUGGAGAAGUUUAUGGAGCAGGUCAUUUUUAAAUACCUCAGAGCCGAGCCAGAAGAUCACAACUUCCUCGUGACAGAGCCUCCUCUGAACACACCGGAGAACAGAGAAUAUUUAGCCGAGAUCAUGUUUGAAACGUUCAACGUUCCAGGCCUUUACAUCGCCGUCCAGGCUGUUCUGGCUCUAGCAGCCUCGUGGACGUCCAGGCAGGUUGGAGAGCGAACGCUAACAGGAAUCGUCAUUGACAGUGGAGAUGGAGUCACGCAUGCGAUACCUGUGGCAGAGGGCUACGUGAUUGGGAGCUGUAUAAAGCACAUCCCUAUAGCAGGCCGAGACAUCACCUACUUCAUCCAGCAGCUCCUCAGAGACAGAGAGGUCGGGAUUCCUCCAGAACAGUCUCUGGAGACCGCAAAGGCAAUCAAGGAGAGGUUCUGCUACAUCUGCCCAGACAUUGUAAAAGAGUUCAUGAAGUACGACACAGACCCAGCGAAAUGGAUAAAGAAAUAUAAAGGCAUCAAUGCCGUCAACAAAAAUGAGUUUCAGAUAGAUGUGGGAUAUGAACGCUUUCUUGGACCAGAGAUUUUCUUCCAUCCAGAGUUUGCCAACCCGGACUUCAUGGAGCCCAUUUCAGAUAUCAUAGAUGAGGUCAUUCAAAGCUGUCCGAUAGAUGUGAGAAGGCCUCUUUACAAGAAUAUAGUGCUCUCUGGAGGAUCCACUAUGUUCAGGGACUUUGGUCGACGGCUACAAAGGGAUCUGAAGCGUGUAGUCGAUGCCAGACUCCGACUCAGUGAGGAGCUAAGUGGAGGCCGGAUAAAGCCUAAACCAAUUGAGGUACAGGUGAUCACGCAUCAUAUGCAGAGAUAUGCUGUCUGGUUCGGAGGGUCCAUGUUGGCUUCCACGCCCGAGUUCUUCCAUGUGUGUCACACAAAGAAAGACUACGAAGAGCACGGCCCCAGUAUCUGUCGACAUAAUCCAGUGUUCGGUAUCAUGUCCUAACGCUGGACUGCGACUGUAGAUGCAGUCCUGGAUUCAGUGCUGUGAUCAUCACUCUACUUAUAUAAAAGCAGAAAUGAUUUAGUGUGAGAUCAAAAAGGGAAUAUACUGUAGAACCAACAGGGAUUUCACAUUCAUCACUAAAAAUAUAGACAAGAAGUUCUGUCUUCUUCAGAUUCCUGCACUUGCUGCACCGCACAGGAUCCAUGUAAGAGAAGCCAUACACGAUGACUGUUUCCUCUGCGUCAAGCUCACUUUUGUGUGAUAUUUUAAAUGAAAUUUUAAGGAUGAUUUGAUUUAGUCACUUUGCACAUGGCUUGAAGCUUGUUGUGAAGACCGUGUACAUACAAUAGACACUUCUGUAUUAUGUGAGUAUUUGAAAAUCGGUUUAUAUUUGUAACAGAGGUCAUUGUUUAUGAGACAUGGACAGGAUAAAUAGUCACAUUAAACAAUGCAUAGGUGUGAAAUUAUAUAUUUACAGAAGAAAUGGAAGGACAGGAAGGGGAAGUGAUAUUUAUACAAUGUUGAACUAUUUCAGUACAUUUAGAAAUGUAUAAACAAUAAAAUUAAAAAUAAUAAUAAGUUUUGUGUUUUUUUAUAGCGCCUUUCUACGCACUCAAGGUCACUUUACAAUUAGAAAGCACUUAUAACACAGCAAUGAAUCCUGUUUUUACCCUCAAAUGUACGCUGUUUAAUUAUUUAGUUGAACAGUGGUCUGUGUAGAAGCAAUAUGGAUCUCAUUUUAAGCAAAGAUUAAAGGAGAACUCCGCUGUUCAAACCAGAGCGAAAAUCUUUAAUCUACAAAAUUGAUCUGUUUCUAAUUUAUUGCCUUACUCUCUCACUCUCACUCUCACUCUCUCUCUCUCUCUCCCUCUCACUCUCUCUCUCUCCCUCUCACUCUCUCUCUCCCUCUCACUCUCUCUCUCUCUCUCACUCUCUCCCUCUCACUUUUUCUCUCUCUCAGACACAUCCAUUUUCAGAACUGUGACUAACCCUGCUCCUGAAAUGAUUUUCAAUAGAGAACCCUGACUAUGAGUGGUUAUGUGGUUAAGGUUUGGGUGGUUGUGGAUCAGGUGGUAAAGCCACUAAUCGUAGGGUUGGAGGUUCGAUACCUGGCCCACGUGACAUACCGAAGUGUCCUUGGGCAAGACACUGAACCCCGAGUUGCUCCCGAUGGCAAGUUAGCGCCUUGUAUGGCAGCUCUGCUAAUAUUGGUGUGUGAGUAUGUCUGAAUGAGACACCGUGUAAAGCUCCAGAGCAGUACACAUAUACACGUUAUGUAUUAGAAUGGUAUUUUCAUGUAUGGUUGUCUUUAUGGUAACAGAAGAUAAGGCGUAACCCUUGUACAAUAGAGAGCAGCCUGCUA